AUGGCUCUUGCCAUUGCUUCUUCUCUCACUCCAACACUCGCUUUAUCCACGAACAGAGUGGAAAUAGGACGAGGAGCAUGUGCACUACGCGCCGGUGGAAGAAUGAGCGAGCGCGUGCACGUGGUGGUCGUUCGUGCCGGCAAAGAAGUUUCUAGCGUCUGUGAACCACUUCCUCCGGACCGUCCUUUGUGGUUCCCCGGUAGCUCUCCACCCGAAUGGCUCGAUGGCAGCCUUCCUGGCGAUUUCGGUUUUGAUCCUCUCGGUCUAGGGUCUGACCCGGACCUUCUCAAAUGGUUUGCACAAGCUGAGCUCGUACAUAGCCGGUGGGCUAUGCUGGCCGUGACUGGUAUUCUAAUACCGGAAUGUCUCGAACGAUUAGGUUUCAUCGAGAAUUUUUCAUGGUACGACGCAGGAUCACGCAAGUAUUUUGCGGAUUCAACUACGUUGUUUCUAGCUCAAUUAGUGUUAAUGGGUUGGGCCGAGGGUAGAAGAUGGGCUGAUUUGGUUAAACCGGGGUCUGUGGACAUAGAGCCCAAAUACCCGCAUAAAGUGAAUCCUAAACCGGAUGUUGGUUACCCAGGAGGUUUGUGGUUCGAUCCGAUGAUGUGGGGGAGAGGUUCUCCUGAACCGGUAAUGGUUUUGAGGACUAAAGAGAUAAAAAACGGACGGCUCGCGAUGCUUGCUUUCGUUGGCUUCUGUUUCCAAGCUAACUACAGUAAUAGUCAAGAUCCAAUUGAGAAUCUCAUGGCUCAUCUCGCUGAUCCUGGUCAUUGUAACAUCUUUUCGGCAUUUACAUCACAUUGA